AUGAAAACAUUCAUCAUCGACGUCGAUGGCACUUUGGCCUCACAAAGUCGUGACGCCGUAGCUCCCAUUGACUUAGCAGCCAUACAAGAAGAGAAGAAGAAAGGGAACCGCGUAAUAAUAUGUACUGGUCGUUCUAUAUAUGAAACACGACAUAUUUUAGAAUCUAUCAACCACGACGAUAUAUUAGUUUCAACGAAUGGUGGACUGAGUGUAAAAGGGGAUGUCUUGUAUGCACACAAAUAUAUGGAUUCCGAGCAGUCAGCAGCCAUCCUUCAAGUGGUCAACACUGAGAAGAUGAAUGGCUAUGUCAUUUCGUCUGAAGUUUCCAAUGGAAAAUUCACAGAAUAUUUCGACGAUGCGAAAACAUUUCAACGACGCAAAAACAGCGAAUUUGUGGAACUCACAGUCUAUGCAAAAACAAAAGAACAAAAAGACGGCUGGAUAGAAAUCCUCAAAAAAAACGUCGGAGACAAACUCGUUGUGAAAAAUAGCGGGGAAACAAUCAUCGAAAUUGUAAGCAAAAACGUCAACAAAGGAAAUUCACUCAAAGAACUCGACGACAAAAAACUCCUCGGAGACUUCUUGGUCUACAUCGGAGACUCCGAAAACGAUUUGCAAGCAUUCGACUUCGUUCAAAAGAAAAAGGGGGUCGCAGUGGCUAUGGGAAACGCGUUCGAAGAAGUCAAAAAGAAAGCUGACUAUGUCACUGAUGACGUGGACCACGGGGGCGUCGCAAAAGCAAUUGAAUGGGUAAACACAAAUUAUCCCAAACAGAAUAUGUGA